CUGGGUUGAUUGGAUGCUCUGCAGAAGUUUUCCGUUAACACGGGCGUGGGAUCUAACUUCUUCUUCCAAUAAAAAACCCUAAAAAAUCCCUUUUACUGAAUCGAAACCCUAAAAUCAGCUGUAUAGAUCGAGAUCUCAUCUCAAAACCCUAGCUCAUGGUCGCAUCGAGAUGCCUUUUGCUUGGGAUUCUCAAGACCCUAUGUUAUGUGAGGAAAUCAUAGGCUAUAUGGUUGCAUCAACUCGUUGUGGUUGCAAUACGGACCAUAAUGCCACUGCGAGUACUUUGUAUGAAUAUCCCGGUCAUUUUGGUCGAAGUAAGCGGCUCAAAAUAUCGAGCCCUGGAGGAUCGAGUCCUGAAGCUUACACCUGCAUUGGAAGCAUCCAUGAAGUUUCUUCAUACCCACCUGCGCAAUGGGAGGGUCGGGCCUUUGAAUGUUGCUCGAGGAACACUCACGAACUUUCCUCGCACUGCGAUUCAUUGGGAAUGGUAUGCUCACCACCUCCUGUGGAAGGAAGCUGCCAAUCCACCAGUGAUGCUGGCGAUCUUUCUCAUUCAUGUGUUAGUGUGGAAGGUAAUGGGCAAUACAAUAUGAUCUCUGGUGGUGUCCAAACAACUAAUGUGAGUGGAUGGACAUAUGUUAAUGAACGUGGGCAGAUGUGUGGGCCUUACAGUCAAGAACAACUCUACGAAGGCCUAUCAACGGGUUUCUUGCCGGAUGAACUCCCUGUAUAUGCAGUCAUAGGAGGCAAUGUAGCCACACCUGUACCCUUGAAAUACAUUUUUCAGAUUCAUAACAGUGUUGAUGUGCACCUUCCUGGACCAGCGGCGGCCAUUCCCUCUGUGGUACCAAAUGUUAGCCAUGAAUUUGCAAAUAAUUUUCCGUCCUCCAGUGCAGUGUUGGCAUCUCAAUCUCUUAUGGAAAAGGACUGUGUUGGACAUGGUGUCGCUUCUGGUUCUGUGCUUUCAAAUAUGCAGUCAGGACCUCAAUCAUUUGUUUCAAGUAGUAACUGCACUUCGAAUCAGGAAAUUGUGAAUGUUGACAUUAUCUCUCAGGCUUUGUCCGCAGUUGCUCCUCUUAUGUCUUGGGAAGAAUCAUGCUGGUUUUUUGAGGAUGGAGAAGGAAGAAAACAUGGGCCAUACUCUCGAUCACUACUAUAUUCAUGGCAUGUUAAUGGAUAUAUUUCCGACUCUGUGAUGGUCUAUCAUGUUGAUAACAAGUUUAGCCCUUCUACUCUGGGCACUAUUAUAAAUGGAUGGAGCAUGAGUGAAGCAGUUUCUGAUCCUAAACCAGCGAAUAAAUCCGGGGAUGCCGUUCCUCUUGGGAGGUUCCUUGAAAAUGCAACCGAAGAAGUUAGUGUCCAACUGCACUCAGCGAUAAUGAAAGCAUCUCGCAGAUUGAUACUUGAUGAAAUAAUAAGUAGCACUGUUCAACAUUUUGCGGCUUCUAAGAAAGCCAAUAAACAUCAAAAGGUUGUUCAGACGAGUAAUCGGGUUGCAGAUGCCAGCUCUUGUGAUGUCCAAAUGCCUGGGUUUACCAGAGAACAACAAGAUAUCAAAAAUAUUGAGUGCAUGGAUCUUGCUACCGUUUCUGCUGGCAAUCAAACAAAUUCUGAUGAUAGGGUUCCACAUGUGCCUACUGUGGACUCAAAGUCCACUGCGAGCAUAAAAUCUUUUCCAGGAAUAUUAUUAGUUAUUCAGCAUGUUUUAUUUGAAUCUUGCUUGAGAACCCUUUGGGAGACCGUAUUUUCUGAAGCUAUAAAUGAUCAUGUGCAUACAUGGCGCAAGAGAAUGAGGUGGUCUGGGUAUCCAAUUGUUCCAGUGGCUUUCACUGCCCCAAAACAAGAUACACAACAUGAUGAUUUUUCCAGUAGGGAAUUGGAUUACCCUCCUGGUUUUGGUCCUGUUACAGUAAACCCUGAGUACCAUGCUGUCGCCCCCGGCCCCGCCCCCGCCCCCGCCCCCACCCAUGCCUACGCCCACGCUCAAUCAAGUGAUAUUCCGGAAUGCUCCUUGAGGGUUGAGAGUUCUGACAUGAGUCAGGAUUUACACCAUAAGCAUAUGAUGGAACUUCAAAAUGGUGUAGAACGCAAGCUUCAUUCAUGUGUUCUGCUGUCCUUAAAUGAGUUUUUGAAAGAGUUUAUAGAAGCUGAAGUAAUGCGGUGGUCUGAUUCCCAUAAGCAGAAGGAAGAAGAUGAGGAGAAUAUCUUUUGCAGAGAGGACGCUCCCACUGCUGUCACCUCCAUGCCCGCUGUGGUUAGAUAUGAUUUACCAACUAUUUCAGAAAAUUCUGAAAUGGGGGUAGCAUGUGUUGUUGAUCAUGUUGUCUCAUCAUCUAAUGAUGUUAGUGUACAAUCAAUGGCAAAUGUCACAAGUUCAUUGGAUGCAAAAGAACAAGUUAGAUCAUCUCGAACAUUUGCAAGUGUCUUUGAGAGAUUAGGUUUGCCUACUGCUGAUGGUAUGGAUUGUGCGGACAUUGAUGAGCCUCCUCCCCCAGGAUUCGAGAAAGGUUCAGAAAAACCUCUUGAUGUUGUCCAGAAAAUUGAUUUCUGCCCAACAAAUUCUGAUCAGGAUAUUUCAAGAAUGGGUUUAUAUAUCACCUUGGCAUUAUGCAGACAGAAGUUAAGAGAACUUGUGGUCAGAGAGUGGAGGUCCAUCACUAUUGGUAUUACCUUACGAAAAUGCAUUAGAUCAUGGUUUGCUUCAAGGAAGAAAUCUAGUUCUGUUGGAAUCUCUAAUGAAAGAGAGGUUUCCAGUCGUUUGCCCAAGGAACUGACCAAGCAAUCAAAGCAGGGAACAAUUUCUGGGCCAUCUUCCGAAUUAUCUGCAGAUAUUGGCUCAAACAGCAACUCUCAGAGAAAGAGGCUCCCAAGGAAACGUUUGGCCUCCUGUUUGCAGAGUAUGGCAUCACCAAACAUGAUCGAACAAGAGCAACCUUCAGGUAUGGGUAUGGAAAGUCAGAUUCCUGGACCAGUUUCUACAUUGGCAGUGACAGAGAGUGCAAAUGAGGAUCUCUUAAAACAGAAGACAGCUGAAUGGAAAGUGAAAUCCAUUGCGAAUUCUGAGAGUUCCAAAUCCUCUAAAGAAAUAAUUCUGCUCGAUUGCUCAUCAUCAAGAAAAAUAACUGCUCAAUUUUCAAGGAGGAAGAAAUCUAAGUUUCAAACUGUUGAUGCUAUGUCAGAACUCACCUCGUCCUUGGAAUUACCUACUUCUCUAAAGCCUUCAGAUCUUCCUCUUGAUUCUGGACCAUGUAAUGCUAGUAUGAAGAGGUCAAAAGACAAUGUAGAUGACCAGCUUGCUGGUAAUUCGGCAAAUCAAGUCGAAGAGGAUAUGGAUGGCCAUGGAACACUUCCGAGGGAUAAAGUUGUUCUGCAUCAGUCCAACAGAACUAAAGCGUUGAAGCUGAAUAAGAAGAUUUUGGUUGAUUCCAUGGCCACAUCAACUAUCGAGGAGAAUUCGAAGCGACCACUCUUAAAUGGUGUUAAGAAAGCUCGAUGCAAACAACUGUCACUGCGGACGACAAACUCUAAAGUUAAAUCAUCAAACUCAUGCCCUAUAUCACAUGGUUGUGCUCGGUGUUCCAUCAAUGGUUGGGAGUGGCACAGAUGGUCCCAAAAUGCCUCUCCUUCCGAGAGAGCCCGAGUAAGAGGGAUACAAUUCGAUCCAGUUCAAUACUUUGGUGCCCGGGAUAGUUUAAAUCUAUCUGCGAACAACAAGGGCCUAUCUGCAAGAACAAACAGGGUUAAGCUUCGUAAUCUUGUAGCCGCGGUUGAGGAUGCUGAACUUUUAAGAAUCACUCAGUUGAAGGCUAGGAAAAAACGUCUUCGUUUCCAAAGAAGCAAGAUACACGAUUGGGGCUUAGUUGCCCUCGAGCCCAUAGAAGCGGAGGAUUUUGUGAUUGAGUACGUGGGGGAGUUGAUUCGUCCUCGGGUAUCUGAUAUACGAGAGCGGCAGUACGAGAAAAUGGGAAUUGGUAGUAGCUAUCUCUUUAGGCUUGAUGAUGGUUAUGUGGUUGAUGCUACCAAGUGUGGCGGAAUAGCAAGGUUCAUAAACCAUUCAUGCGAGCCUAACUGCUAUACCAAAAUUAUAACGGUGGAGAGUCAAAAGAAGAUCUUUGUCUAUUCGAAAAGGGCGAUCUCUGCUGGUGAGGAAAUUACUUACGACUACAAAUUUCCACGAGAGGAGAAAAAGAUCCCAUGCAAUUGUGGCUCAAAGCGGUGCCGCGGAUCUCUGAAUUAAGCAAAUCUGUUAGAAAUUGCCCUGCUCAAUGGCUCCUACAGUUGUACCACUGCUGAUUAUAAUAGCAAUUGACAGCUUGCCAAUUAGAGGGGUACUUUUUUAACAAAUAAUAAGGUCAAAGAUUGAUUCUGCGUGCUUGGGAGAUCACUAGCUGCAGAUGAGUUCUCUCUUUGUUCACGCCUUCCUAUUCUAUAUAUAAAGAAGAUAAGCUUCUCAAAGGGAUGGUCCAGAUUCGGUUUGUACGGCUCGUUUAAACCAUUGGGGAACAUGGGUGCACAUCUGGACCGUCCAAUGUUUGUUUGAUGUGCAUCAUUUUCUCACUAGUACUAUACCAGACAUUUUCCUAUUUGGCUGCGUGAAAACGCACAGGCCCGGGCUUCUCACUCUGCUAAUAUGUUGGAAUAUUUAUGUGAGAUUUUGGUGCAAUAGGAGAGACAUUCCAGCAUGAGUACAGCACGGUAUGUUUCUUCUUGUUUCUUUUAACAGGAAAUUUCAUAUGCUUUUUGCCUUUUUGUUUCUCCUCGAUCUUGCGGCCCAACUAUCUAACGCAUUUCGUCUUUAAUUUUGCACCUUGUGGCCUCCUCCGACGCACUAUGGUGGUGCGUAACAUAGAUAUAUACAUAACACAUGGAAACACAUUCUCAUCUAAUUGGGCUGUUGUUAAAUAGAGGAAAAAAAAUAUUAAGAUUAUUUUUCGGGGCCUGGAAUCAUGUUGCAAAUAUUUGGGUACCGGUGUUGGUGUCUGUCACGGAUACGUGUCAAAAACGACUAACCCAGAAUUAGAUUUUUAGAUACGACAAGUGCGUACAUCCUUUAAAGGGGUGGGCAUAUGGACUAUAGGUGAGAUUAGCUACUUUGGAAUGGACAUUUCAACAAAAAUGGUUGUCAGCUUGAGUGUCUUAAGUUUCAAAGCCUCAUGACGCAAAUGUUGUGUCCUUGGUGGGUCGACACAUUCCGAAAACCAUUGAAACAGGUUUCCAAGCUACGCAGCGCGAGAGUUAUCUGCGAUGACAUGAUUGAAUGUUAAUAGUUUAGUGAAAAUGUGCAAAUUCAGCUCGCCUAUCCCAUGAGUUUUGAGGACUCUCGAAUUUGGACAGAACACCGAAGGACUUGGCAUAUCUGUUUGG